GUGGUCUCCUGAGGUGCUCUUGACCCUCGGAGUCCCUGACCUGGAACAGCAUCUUCAAUCGGACAGCGACCGUGCAGUCAGCGGCGAGAAGGGACGCAUGUUGUACGAGAUGGUCCUUCAGGGCCAGUCGCCUGCAGCGCCGCUGCUAUCGGCGGCGCCUCCGCCUCUAGCGCCCCCGCGGUGGCAGGCGACGCCUCUCCUCGGGGGCUCCCUGCAGUGGCAGACGGCGCCCGUCCCAGCGCCGAUGCCGCUGCAGGCGGCGCUGCCCCCGGGGGGCCUGCCGCUGUGGCACGGGCCACCACCCCAUUGGCAGGCGGCGCCGCACCAGGGCGCACUGCCGCCCUGGCAGGGGGCCCCGCUCUCGGGGGACCCGCGGGCCUGGCCCGCGCUGCUGCCCGGAGCGCCGCCGCGCCCCUCGCCGUCGGCGGGGCGGCAGCCGCUUCUGCCAGGGCCGCUCCCGCAGCGGGUGCAGGCCGUGCCCGCCGAAGAGGCGGCACAGGCAGACGCGAGCACCUUCGACCUGGCGCGGCUGCAGCGCCUCGCGGCCCAGGUCGAGCAGCUGGCGGCCACCCUCGCGGCGGUCCACCUGGGCCCUGCGGGCAGCGGCUCGAGGCCUGCGUGGCGCUGCCAGGAGCAGCCGGUGCACUCGCAAGCCGGCCCCCUGGUUCGCGCGGAGGGCCGCGGCAGCAGAAGCGUCGGCACCGAGGCCAGCGUCCCCCGGAGCCGCAGCCUCGUCGCCAGCGGUCGGCGGCAGACGAGGUCGUCGCAGAGGACUACGAUUCCCUCGGGGGCCUCGGGCAGCCCCUCAUCUUCGUCGGGGCGGGUGGUGUCCCCCGGCGAGCCCUCCUCGAGCUCGCCACAGCGCGCGCGAAGCGAGGGGCAUGCGCACAGGUGCGGCGGCGAGGCGGAGAAGCAGAGCUCGCAGGGGCGCGCGAAGACGGCGUCUGCCAACCUGUGCAUCUCUGUCACGAAGGAGGACAAGCUGGCCGGCUACCCAGUGUCGCCGAAGAGGGGGCCGAGGACGGCGUGGGCCCGCACCGCGAGGAGGGAGCGCGGCACGCGUCUGGGCGUCAGCACCCGGUCGCCGCAGGACACGACGGAGAGGCUGCACCACAGGUUCCAGCAGCUGUUCGGAGCACGCAGGCCGAUCGAGGCGGCCGGCGGUGGGGAGAAGAAGACCGAGAACGACAGGGACGGCGACGACGCGGAUGAAGAGUGGGUGGGUCGUCGCAGUUCCUGCCCGUUGCCUUGA